AUGAUGAAUGUGCUUCCGUGCUUCGUCGAGCUUGGCCGGCUGGACGUGCCGGCUGGGCAAGGCCGAGCUUCAACUCGUUUUCCAAGGGCUCAGCGAGCCCAGCAAGCUCAGCGAGCACACGCUCAGUCAACUAGCACUGGCAUCGCCGGCGCAGUUUUGGGGGGCCUGGCUAUUAGAAGCUUUGGCAAUCGGAGACCCUUGCGUAGCCUUCCCAAGCUGACUGCCCGAGUUUCAAUCCUUGAUAUUCCAGACAUUCCAACGGAAGUGGAUGGAGAUUCAUGCACGCCCCCCUGGAAAUCGACGGGCGCGGCUGAGAUUGCAGAUGAGGUGCUGGAAGGAGCAGGUGGAGCAGAUUACGUCAUGAAUUUGGAAGGAAAAAAAGUUCGCGGAUGCCUCAAAGGAGCCAAGCAAGUUGCAACGCUCGGGCCAGCAUCAGCUAGUGAUGAAAUGCUGGAGCGCCUUUUCCUGAGUGGCGUGGACACUUUCCGCUUAAACUUUUCUCAUGGCGAUCAUGAAGAGAAGACAGACCUGAUCAAGCGCAUUCGGAGGGUGGAAACCAAGUAUCGCCAUCCCAUCGGGAUUUUAGCAGACAUGCAAGGACCCAAGCAAAGAUGCGGAAAGUUUGCAGACCCCAAUGGCGUCGAGCUGCUCAAAGGACAAAUGUUCCGCUUUGACAUGCUGCCAGAUUUGGGAGAUGUCAAUCGAGUGCAGUUGCCACAUCCCGAGAUUUUGGAAGCAUUGAAGCCUGGCAAACAGUUGCUGUUGGAUGACGGAAACAUCCGCAUGGAGAUUGUUGGGUGCGGCCGCUUGCUUGACGGCAAGGAGGUUCCCGUGGAAGAAGCAAAGGAGUCAAAGGAAGCAACUCCUUUUGUGGACUGCAAGGUCACUGUUGCAGGCCGGUUGAAGGCCAACAAAGGUGUGAACACUCCAGAUGUCAUCUUGGCCAUGUCUCCAAUCACUGAGAAGGACAAAAAGGACAUUGAAUUUGCCUGCAGGGCAGGCGUGGAUUGGAUCGCCAUGUCCUUCGUCCAGACCAGCGAUGAUAUGAAGGAACUCCGACAACGAGUCCUCAACUUGGGUUUCAGGGAGAUCAAAUUGCUUGCAAAGAUCGAAAAACCUUCAGCAGUUGAAGAUAUUGAAGGCAUCCUCGAAGCAUCUGACGGUGUGAUGGUGGCACGCGGUGACUUAGGGGUGGAGAUGCCGCCUGAAGAGGUCCCAUUCGUUCAGAAGCAGAUCAUUCGUGCGGCGAAUGAGCAUGGAAAGCCUGUGAUUGUUGCCACGCAGAUGUUGGAGAGCAUGAUCAAGAAUCCAACACCGACGCGGGCAGAAUGCAGCGACAUUGCCAAUGCCAUUUUGGAUGGAUGCGAUGCUGUAAUGCUAAGCGGUGAAUCUGCUGUAGGAGAGUAUCCAGCACAAGCAGUGACAAUGCAAAGACGAGUCAUUGAACGAACCCAGGCGAAUGGAGCCGUGGUUGAAAAGCAUGUGGAUACAGACACAGAGGAUGACACGCAGAACAUUCUGGCCACAGCUGCUGCGCUUGCCAAGGGGAAGAAGGUGGCUGCCAUUGUCGUUUUCACUGCCACUGGUAAAACCGCUCAGCUCCUGGCCAACCAGAGGCCGAGAGUACCAAUUUUGGCCAUUUGCAAGUGCCUUGAGGUCGCCAGGCGCAUCUCAUUGCUCCGUGGAGUCUACGGCACCAGCGACGCAGACUCGCAACAACUGGUGGCCAGAGUCGAACGAGAGACCAAUUCGGUGCGAUUCAGUGAAGCAGUGGAAGUUGCUUGCAGUUUGGCGCGUGAGAAAGGCUUUGUGGACAGCCUUGAGCAGGAUGUGGUAGUGGUCUCUCGCUUGCCUCUGUUCAGUCAAGGCCGCUUGAAUACCAUUCGCAUUGUAAAGGCGGAGGGGCUUCAGCGAGAUGGCUAUGAUUCAUUUGAUCCUGAAUACGAUUGA